AAACGAGACGGAUGGUUUCAAAAAGACGCCGACAAUGUCUCGUGUAGAGAUCUGUUCACUCGCGUACGAGGGAAAAUUUAACGAGUUAUAGGAAAAAAUUGAAUUGAAACCGAGUUUAGCGACCAAGGUAGACGAGAAUGAGCGCAUGCCUCUUCACUGGGCUGCAUCUGGUGGACAUGCUGACGUUGUUAAACAUUUGCUUGAUCUAGGAGUACCAACUGAUAACAAAGAUGAUGCGCAGUGGACUCCCCUGAUGAUUGCUGCAUCAGCUGGAAAAGAUGCUAUUGUUUCAAUGUUGAUCAGCCUUGGAGCUGAUGUUAACACCACAAAUGAUGGGGGACAAACACCUCUGCAUUAUGCAGCAUCAAGAAAGAGAUAUGAGAUUGCAGAAUUGCUUCUUCAGAAUGGGGCUCACAUUGAUGCACAGGACAAAACAAGUGCUGCUACCCCUCUGCACCGUGCUGCAUCACGGGGCCAUUCCAAGAUUGUCAAGUUGCUCUUAAAACACAAUGCAAAUUGUGAUAUACAGGAUGCUGAAGGCAACACUGCUCUCCAUAUGGCCUGUGAGGAGGAUAGGGCAGAAAUAGCUGUUACACUGGUUGAAAAUGGGGCAACUCUUUCUAUAGAAAAUAAGAUGAAAAUGCCACCUGUGGAACUCGCUAACAAGGGACUUGCAAGACAACUAAUUCGUUUGAAUGACAGCUGACGUCUUCCCGCUCUGUUCGCUCUUUUAGAAGGUUUGGUUUUGAUGCUGGGCCUCUCUUGUAGGAUAAUUCUGUCCACCAGUAGCGGAUUGAAGGGUUGUUCAGAGUGCGUAUUAAUUUUUAGCUUUUAGCCAAUGGAAAUUACCUCGUCUGAUGGUACUUUACAGCUGAUAUUAAAAGUGAUAUCUCAGCAGUGAAUUUGGCACAUUCCUAAAGAGCACAAGUGGUUCAUUAUACGCAACAAAAAGAUCAAUGUUUACAGAAGAUGUCUUCCUAAAGAGGCCGAAUCAGUUGUUGAUGUCAAAAUGCUAAAAGAACACUUGAGUCCUCUCAGUGCCAGUUUCACUUUGGAUUUGGAUCCCCUGCGUGGAUCCUCCGUCUAAAUCCGCUCUGUUUAAAACUCCGUCUAAAUCCCGUGAGGAUUUCAACUUUCGUCUAUCUCCUUGCACUGAAGGCUAACGGAUAUAGAUCACGUGUCCAAAUCAAGGAGGUCCUGGAAUGGGCAUAAAUUGCCAGUGUGGUUGCAUGAUAUUGUACCCUCGUAAAAAAAUAUAUAACGAUCCAAUCGAUUGCUCAAGUUUUGAAAUGUGAAAACAAUGGUAUUCCAAUUGACAGCUUGACAUCUCUUUCUAUGGUUAAACUGGUCAGCAUGAUAUUAGUGGAAAGUGUAGCGGCCUUUUUAUAAUUUUUUUCUUCUUCUUUUUCACUGUUUAAUUCUCACGUUAUUCUUGGACUUGAUAGCACAGGAGACAGACAUAGAACUGCUCUAAACAUUGUCAGUUCGAAUCUAUGAGUACCCAAAUGUUGUCUACGUAGCGUUAUGUCUCUUGCUUAUAACUGGAAUAAUCGUGUGCGAUUCGAAUGCCCCUGUAAGUACUCAUGCGGUGCCUUAAGGAGGCUCGACCAAUCAGAGCGCGUGCAUCUCCAUUGGGAGACUCUUUCUUGUUUCUCAAAAUUCCAUGAAGACUUUGACUAUACAGAAAUUGACUGUAUGGUCAGAAUUGAAAUAUGUUUGAGUAACGACUCUAAAAGCGUUGUUUGUUUCUAACAACAGAGGGAAGCGUUGUUCGUUUCUAUAACAACAAAUGCACGGAUGCAGCGUAACAUACAAGUAAAGUUCUGUUGUGUCUA